CAGCUGCGACGAUGAUGUCUUCUAGCAUGUAUCGUUAGUAGGCUUUGGAAGGCGUUCACAUAUGAGCAUUAGUCAGCAUCGAGUUAUAUGUGUUUGCAUGCGUAAGUGGUCUGCUACCACCGUUUCUCUGGUCGGGCCGACGAGUCACUCCGAGCAACUGCUUCGGCGAGGGCUUUGCCUUGAACCUUGCGAUCGGGUCAGUUCGUCGACCAGCUAUUGAACACAACGAAACGCCACCGUGUCGCUCAACAUUCGUUUUAAAUCAUCCCUGCAUCUUGCACGCAAAACAUCGAUGGAGCACCCGAAUCAAGAGCCUACGAAGCAAAUGCAAGGCGAGUUCAUCGAAUGGAAGCCCUCCGAGUCGGGCGAGUGGCAGUUUUUAUUUUUCGAGGACCAGGAGCUCAAACUUUCUCUGGACUCGGAAGAGGAGGGACGGGAAGCGAUGCCAAACAGCAUGAAAGAACCGCCCUAUCUGUUGGACGAAGUUUUGCGAUGCGCUUGCUGCCACCAGUGCCAAUUCCAGUGCUACGAGAACGAUCUGCUGCUGACCUUCCAGUCGCAUCCACGGUUGAUUUGCUGGUUAUGUGAAAAAGCGCCGGCCACGCCGCCCAACACACUUCAAACGACGGCCGUGGACGACUUUACGGAUUCAGAUAGCCUAACAGACACGAGCGACCUUAUCGAAACGGACGACAACGGAGAUUCACGGUUGAUAGAAGGAUAGUUUUUUUUUAAAUAAUUUUCAAGUCAUUCACGAGCCACAGUUCGCACUACAUCUCCCUUUGAUGUGGCGCAAC